GAAGAGAAGGCGCCCAAUUCAGUAUUGUUCUGGACCACCUAUUGCACUUGCACUACACUGUCUAGUACUUGACCUCCUCGACUUCAACCCACCCCUUCAGCCUUGUGUAUGUGUGCAUAUCUAGCGUUUCCUAUCCACAUGCACAGACACUAGACACACAAAACCCUUCUACACAAGUCAAGCAGGCGCUCAGACUGUCAUCGGGCAACACGUCUCCGCCUGUUGACACAUUCUCUCCCCACCUCAGGGCGGAUUCCCACGGGCUCAUCCUCCUCCCUCCCCUUUUUCCCACCCCCCCCCCCAAUCUUUGCGCUGUCAGACACGUGUCAUAUUGUCACCACCCUGCCUGAUCCUCGAAGCCCAUUCAUUCCAAUCCUCGAUCCAAUCCUCCUCCAUUCCACCAUCAUGUCAGACACGUUAUCAUCAUCUUCAUCAGCAGCAGCAGCAGCGGAGGGGCCGCAGCAGCCAGGGCCCCUCAACUACAUCCUCGGCUUCACCCUUGUCGGCAUCGCCUGGGGCCUGACUACCCCCUUCAUCCGCCGGGCGGCACGGGAUCACCACCCGCCGCCCCACCCGGUUCUAGACUCCGACGCCGUCCGGGCCAGCUGGCUCAAGUCCAAGGUUUACGGUGCCUUCUUUGCCGUCGUCGACCUCCUCCGCAACCCACGCUAUGCCGUCCCGCUGCUGCUCAACCUGACCGGGAGCGUGUGGUUCUUCCUGUUGAUCGGGAAAGCGGAGCUGAGCUUGACCGUGCCCAUCGUCAAUACGUUGGCGUUCCUGUUCACCGUUCUCGGUGACUGGUGGGUGGACGGCAAGGUUAUUGACCGGGGUACAAUGAUGGGAAUGAUACUAUCCCUAACAGGUAUCGCGUUGUGCGUAUACAGCAAGAAUUGAUCAAAGACACGUUGUGCAUAUUCUGCGUCGUUGGAGUGGCGGCGUGUAGGGUUAGAAUCAAAAAGGAUAGAUCUCGAAUAGCACCAAUUUUCCCCGUUUC